AUGAGGUUCAAGACGGAGCUCAAGAACAUUCGCACGUUCAACAAACUGAUAGCCGCCCUGAACUCCCUCGAGAAGAUCGCCUGGGUCCGCCUCGACGAUGAUACGGCACGGUUCACCGUCAUUCCUGAGACGGGUUCCCAGGUCUGGGCCUCCCUCUCCAUGGACUUCAUCUUCAACGAAUACCACAUCCAGUCCGCUGAACCCUCCAACACCAUCAACCUCGAGUUGCCCCUCGGCCCUCUGCAGCGCGCCCUCAAGUCCGCCAUCAAUAGCGACCAUGCGACACUGCGCCUCACGAAGAAAGACGGCAUCCCCGUGCUCUCCAUGACCAUCCACACCACGCCCGAGCAGCGCUCAAAUAAUCCCCAGCCCGCAGCUCCCUUCCACAACCGACGCGCCGGCGCAGACGGUGUCCACAGAGGUGGUACUGCCAGCCGUGGUGGUGACGAGUACGACGACGACGAUCCCUUUGGCGAAGCUGACCUGGAAGCCCUCGAGCUGACAAUGAAGCGCGAGCGCGAGAAGGUCAUCACGCACGACAUCCCGGUCAGGGUGCUGCACCCAGACACGGUCGAGACCAUCAUGCAGCCCAAGGUCCGCGAGCCCGACGUUCACAUCCAGCUGCCCCCUCUCAUGCAGCUCAAGGCCAUCUCGGACCGCUUCACCAAGCUAGCCCUCACCACGUCCAGCGGCUCCGGCGGCGGCUCCGGUUCCAGGGCCGGGGCGUCCGCCGCCGGCGCCAACGGCCCGAAGCUGGAGCUGUCCGCCAACAUGCACGGCAGCCUGCGCCUGCGCAUAGCCACCGACGCCCUGGACAUCGAGAGCGUGUGGCGCGACCUCGACAACCCGGAGCUGGACCCCACGCAGCUGGCCGUGCCCCUCGAGGAGCACCCCAGCACGCGGUUCCGCGAGGCCGGGCCCGACAAGUGGGCGACGGUGCGCGUCGACGGCAAGGACUGGAGCAGGGUGCUGAGCGUGGGCCGGCUCGAGGGCCGCGUCAUCGCGUGCUUCGCCGACGACCACGCCUUGAUCUUGUACGCGUACGUGCCGCAGUUCGACGAUGCUACGGCCGAGGAUGCGGUGGUCACGUAUUAUGUUUCAUCUUACAGUGCUUGA